AUGAUAUUCAACUUAGAAAAGGAAACGCCGCGUAUGCCUUGGUUGCCUUACGAUAAUUACCAUUUAGGCGAAUCAAUAUGUCCGACGUGUUAUUUCGAAAGAAAUUCCGACGAGAUAAGGUUAGAAGCGAUCAAACUUCAAAUACUUUCAAAGCUCGGAUUGAAAGAAAAACCUACGAUAACACUUCCGGUUCCGAGAGAUAUACUAAUUGAAACACUUUCCCGCGCCGGAGAUUAUCCGAUGAACGGUAAUUUUUUCGGCGAGCAAGAAUAUGACGAAACGAUUAAUAAUAAAAAAGAAAAGGAACCGGAAAUAGAUGAAGGUCUUUUGGAAAGCGAACCGGAUGAUUUCUAUGGGAGAACGAGUGAAAUAAUCACAUUUGCCGAACCGGGUAAAAAUUAA